GAGGCAUGCAGAUUUUUGUGAAGACCUUGACUGGCAAGACCAUCACACUCGAGGUUGAACCAAGUGAUAACAUUGAGAACGUGAAAGCCAAGAUCCACAACAAAGAAGUCCUCCCCCCAGACCGACAGAGGUUUAUCUUUGCUGGCAAACAGCUUGAAGGUGGCCGCACUCUCUCCGAUUACAACAUCCAGAAGAAAUCCACCCUCCAUCUUGUGCUGCGUUUGAGGGGAGGCAUGCAGAUUUUCGUGAAGACCCUGACUGGCAAGACCAUUACUCUCGAGGUGGAACCCAGUGCCACCAUUGAGAACGUCAAGGCCAAGAUCCAAGACCAAGAAGGCAUCCCCCCAGAUCAGCAGAGGCUCAUCUUUGCUGGGAAGCAACUUGAAGAUGGUCGUGUGCUCUCCGAAUACCAGGAGUCCACCCUCCACCUUGUGCUGCGCCUGAGAGGCGACUGUUAGAUUCACAAACACCUUUGCAAGUUGCCAAUAGCAUUUGUUUGCACUGUAGCAGUUUCAUGUCUUAAUAUUGUAAGGUGAAUGCAGGUUCCCGGAGCCUCUAGACUUGUUUGUGUAAAUGCUAAUAAAGUUUUCCAUUGCACAUUGAAAAAAA